ACCCGCGCGCACGUUACGCCUGGUCCUAGAGGUAAAGUGAAAGCAAGGCAAGCAGUGUCAGUAUCGAUAGACCGUCCUGUUGGUGUUCCUGCAGUUCUUCAGCAGCACUGACCCGUGGCUAUGCCUCUGCCCACCGUUUCUCGGCUUUUCAGGAGCGCGCUGAGGACUCAGCUGGUCCCUGCGGCUAAUGUGGCGUCCAAACCUGCCAAACACAAUAUCUCUGCAGGGGAGCAGGCAAUAGCUAUGACAGCCCUGUUUGUGUCCAUCCUGGGCCCCUCCAGCUGGAUACUGGCUCACCUUGAGGACUACAAGAAGAAAGAGUAGAAGAGGAAGGAGAGCCAGGAGAAGAAGGAGAACAGAGUCUCAUUCCAGCCCAGAUGAAGAUGCUGACUAGCCCACUCUCCCUCAGGGGUCUCUCACUGAGACAAGAUGCCAGUGUUCUGCUUUCAAGUUGUUUCUGUUCUCCUGGCCUGUAAUAAUGUACAUCCCGUGCAUCUGUCAACCUCUUACCAAUAAAUACAUGUUCAUUAUAGAAAA